GUUCCUUACCUUCAACAGGCCUGUGAUUGGCACAUGAAGAUGCUCAAGCGAAAGUAAAUGAACUGCUCCCAAGGUCAAACCUUCACGGCUUCCGCCUACUUCCUGCGGUACAGCAGCGGCACCCAUCUUGAGAAGGACUCUAGCUUCUGGGGCAGGGACUGGAAAGAGCUGGAACUGUCGUACCGCCUGCCAAGCCAUAUCCUGACAAGAACUGCAACAUGUCCCACCGCCACCGCUCGCGCAGACCCUCUUGCUCUCAAGAUAAUUGCGGCUCUCGGCGCUUCCAUGUUGGUGACGAUGGCUUCACGUAUUGCGACCAAGGUCAUCAGCAGGAUGCUGGCCUGGUCGUAAGUCGGGAUACGGGAGAGUUGAUCAUUGCUGGAAGAACCACGAAGAGGACUGGGGAUAGUGAUGGAGAGAGUAGCGUUACGAGGAUAUCUGGAUUCACCGGCACCAAGGCGCUCGAACACUACCUUCUUUGUAUUCAGCUCGUUCUACGGAAACAGCUUCGAUGGCUGAUCGAUACUCAAAAGCUGCCUCAAGAACUUGAAACUGUGGUCAGGGAUCUCUUUGCACUGCGAUUGCAGAGACUACAGCACAAGGUCUCAUACGAUGGCGAUACAGACACGGAAGCGCAAUCGUCACGCAUGUUCAGCUCGCAAUCCGAAGGUGAAUCUGGCACAGAUGCUGGCACCGUGACUUCACGUCGCAGCACGGCACUGCGCAAGCAAUCGAAGAAUCCGAAGCUCACGGACCUUCUGUCUCUGAUAUAUGUUGGUAUACUGCUGUUGAGAAUCCCAAUCACAACGGCGGAUAUAUACAAGUGGGUGAAUGAUGGCGAUCUGCUCUACUACCGAGCAGCACGAGAAGUGCCACUGUCCAUGCGAGAUCGCUUGCCGGGUCAGCUGCAAGAGUCACUGGAGCCGCAGACUCUGCUGCGCAUGGAGAUCCUCCAACGCAACGUUCUUGAUCUGUUGACAAGUCUCGACUCGGAUGUGGGCAUGCAAGCGCCUCCACUGAACCAUCCUCUGGUACUUUAUCGAUGGGUGAAGACCAUGCACUUGCCGCUGGAGGUCUAUGUCACAGCACAGCGGCUAGGUGGAUUGCUCGGGCUUGACUUUCAGUACAACGUCGACGCAAAAGAGCGGUGCCGCAUCAGCUUGCGUUGUCCGGAAGUACGCUUGAUGGUAAUGAUUGUCAUCGCCAUCAAGAUGUUAUUCCCAUUUGAUCAUGCGAAGAGAUACCCGACGUCUGCAAGCGACAUGACUGCGCUGAAGAUGGACUGGGAUGCAUGGCAACGCAUUCAGGAUGGGCGCAAUGUUGUGCACGAUGGAAAUAGGGAAAACGUUGGCUCCAACCGUCUCGCCUCGCAAGAUGAGUCCAGCCACCUCACAUAUCAAACCGCGUUUACCAUGACGGAAUCGCAGAGUCUGGAUCUGGCUGACGAACGUUUGGACGCAUAUCUCGACUGGUAUGAAGGCAAUAUCGCUUCUGAAGAAGUCCGCGAGCGUGGCAGAGCUGGUCGCGAUGCAGAAUUCCGGAGGGCGUUGUUCAAAAUGUUCCCAACGCACCACGAGAGCCAGAACGAGACCACGGCCGCACGUGCAGAAACCGAGAUUAGCGACUUUGGCAACACUUCGGCCGAGAAGCUCGCCCAGGUUCAAGCAGGACUUUGUGCACAGCGAAUAAUCACGGAUCAAUCUGCCGACGAUGUCCCACGCACAGGUAGUUCGUAUAUUCAGUACAGAGCAGUGGAGGAACUGCAUGGUGCCACCAAGGCAUUCCACGAAAAGGCCGCUCGAUUGGCCGGCUAUCCACUUCACGGCAUGGUGAAAGCAGUGUUUGUGAUCGAGCGCAAACUACUGCAUAUCGAGAAAGAGCUGGAGAAGGCAGCAGCAGCAGCGGCAGAUCGAGAAGAAUCUUGAGUAUUGCAUCCGAGCAACCUCCUACCUACCUUACCUGAGGGAAGAUCUGGUACACGCUGAACUUUGGCCUGGCUGUCGAGCUUCUGUAUGGCCUGGUCUCUCCCCAUGUCUCAUGAAAACUCCACAGUAUCGACAUGCCAUGCGCACUCAGCACUGGGCCUGAAAGCUUCCACGAUGCUACUUACUCUUUCUGUCGCUGUUCAAUAAAAGCCUCCUGCCACCGCUACCAAACGCCAUGAGUUUGCUGCGGGCCUUCAACGGGCGACCCAAGCUGUUACAGAGUGCUCCUCGCGCUCUUGAUCAAGCGAGGAUCUUCGAAGGAAUCGCCAAUCACAGCGACAUUUGUAAUGAAGCCGACCAACUAGAGAGGCUUCACUUCGUGUGUAUGUGGGUGUGUCACCGUGGGUGUGUGAAGUAACAAGCGCGCCAUGGAGGGCGGGCUCUGCGCAAUUAUCCUUGACACUUGUGCUUUUAGCAACCGCACACGCUGUCAGGGUGCCAGGGCCCGAGUGGUAUAGCGUACAACCCUGCAAUCUCGCCAUUGAGUGACUUGACCUCCCUUGCGCGACCAGCGUGCAGCAGCAGCUGCGAGCACCACAACGGCGGCAUGCGGUUCUUUUUCUCAAUAUUCCACGGCACGAAGCUGUUCCCCAAGUGCCACCGACAUAUGUACGGUAUAUGCUGCAGCAGCGGGCGAUUCUUAGUCCUGCUGGACUGGCCUUGCUGCGCCAUUUUUCUCUCUCUAUUUUCAGCACAAUUCCCGAACCAUGCUAGCUGUUGAUCGUACGCAGCAUGCCGAAGUCACCGCGCUCACUUGCCGCCAGUCGCCUUGGGACAACGCAGCAGUCAGAGCAUGGCGGACAACGUAGUCCCGGCCAGACCUAGCUGUUGAGCAAACCGGCGGCGGGCGAUUCCACCAGCAGUAGUAGUGUCGUGGUGGAUGAGUAAGUCCGAGCGCUCGGGAAAGCGGAGUGCGGGUACGAGGUGUAUAUCGUAAUGUGUAGUACACUAAGAGUGAGAUCCUG